ACCGUGAUCGUCGAUAGAACGUGAACUCCGUCUCGGAGUCAGUUGCACUCCGACCGUCGCGGUGGAAUGUCGUCGUAUCCCGGGUCGCUGUCGUCGUCACCCGGGUCGCACGUAUUCACGUCGUCAUCAUCACGGUAGAGUAACCGCCGCGUCUGUUGUGUUGGUGAUCGCUCCGUGUCUCAUUCGUUGGGGAUGAGCGAUCGGUGCUCGACCGAUUCGCGCGAGCGGAUGACGAGGUCGAGGGUCGUCGCGUCGGUGUCAGUGUGAGUCGUGUUCGCCGACGGCGGGAGAAUCGGAUAGAGUCGGCUGAAUACAAAUCGGCGUGUUUUGCUUCCUUUUGCCUGUGGCGUGGCGUGGCGUGAAACAGAGUGUACAGUUAAAACAGAGUGUCGUAGCCAUGAGUGCGUGACGGUGCGUUCAAUCUCUCAAGCACCCGCGCGAGUAUUUUCCGGCUACAGGUGCGCGAUUGCGGGAACGUCAUCCAGGAUGGAAGCGCUCCGUCGCGUAGCGUCAUGGUCACAGCCGGCGAUCCUGUCGACGAUCGUCGUCCUGUGCCUGACGCUGGAUCAUUGUACGGUGCACGGGGAUAGAAUCACAAGUCUCUCGCAAGCGCCGAGCGGCUGCAAGUGGAGAAAGGAAAACGAUGACGCAGAAAAGGUUCUGGCAUGCCAGGUCAGAACAAUCGCAAACGUGCCAGAUCUGAUUGGAAAUCUUUCGGCGAUACAAGUGGACACCGUAACAUCAUUAGGAUUGGAAUGCAGUGAUGUGUUAUUUUUCGAAAGCCAACUCGAUGAUCCGCACGGCUUCCUUUCGCCGUUACCACAUCUCACGAAACUGCGCGUCGAUUAUUGCAAGAUCCGGUAUUUGCCGAGCAGUGUAUUCACUCCGGUACAAAAUCUCCAUAGUCUGUCCCUGCAAACGCACAACGGCGAUUGGUCAACCAUGACGCUGGAACUCCAUCGCGAUGCGCUUCUCGGUCUGACGAAUCUACAGCACCUCGACCUCGCCGACAACAAUCUUUGGACGUUACCGUCGGAACUGUUCUGUCCGGUGCAGCGUCUCGUGAGUUUGAACCUAACGCGCAACAAGUUACAGGACAUCACGGCUCUGGGCUUCGCCGAUUGGGCCGAGUCCUGCACGCCAAAUCUCGAGAUUCUCGACAUCAGUAGUAACGACCUCAGUGCCUUGCCCGACGGCGCGCUCAGCAGCUUGCGUAGCUUGAGCGUGCUGAAGGUACAGGAUAACGUGAUCGGUUCCGUAGGUGACCAUGCUUUAAGCGGCCUCACAUCUCUACAAAUCCUCAACAUGUCUAGCAAUAAACUCGUCGCACUGCCACCCGAAUUAUUUUCCAAAACGAAAGAGCUGAGACAACUAAUACUCAGCAAUAAUUCUCUCACGGUAUUGGCGCCCGGGCUGCUGGACAGUCUCGAGGAGCUCCAGGAGUUAGAUCUCAGCAAUAAUGGGCUGACGAGCCUUUGGGUGAAACGAGACACUUUUUCGCAAUUAACUCGUCUCGUCGUCCUUGAUUUAUCAUUCAACGCCUUGACGAAAAUCGAUGCGUUUGUCUUCAAAGGUUUGAGUAGUUUACAGAUUUUAAAACUUGAACACAACAAUAUCGAUACGCUCGUCGACAGUUGCUUCGCCUCGCUCAUCAACCUGCAUUCCUUAACGCUUUCGCACAACAGGAUCGCCAGAUUCGAACCGGUGCACACGAUCGGUCUUAGUGCGCUCGGACAGCUCUUCCUGGACAGCAAUAGACUACGCGUCCUACAUAGGCAUGUGUUCACCAAUCUCACGAACCUUCAGGAUCUCUCUUUGAGCGGAAAUGCUCUGACGGAAGUUCCUUACGCGGUCCGCGUAUUGCAUUCACUCAAAACUCUCGAUCUAGGCAACAAUCAAAUGUCAAGAAUCGAUAAUGACUCGUUCGCCGGUUUGAACGAGGUCUACGGAUUGCGUUUGGUGGACAACAAGUUAGAAAAUAUAUCGCGUGAAGCAUUCGCUACUUUGCCGGCGUUGCAAGUGCUCAAUCUAGCGAAUAAUUUCAUUCGUCACGUGGAACAGAGCGCUUUCUCGAAUAAUCCGGUGUUACGGGUUAUAAGACUAGAUGGAAAUCAAUUGACGGAGAUACGAGGCGCCUUCACGAGUCUCUCGACUCUCGUUUGGCUAAACGUAUCCGAUAAUAAGCUGCUGUGGUUCGACUACAGCCACCUACCGUCCAGCAUAGAGUGGCUGGACAUACACGCCAAUCAAAUAAGCGAGCUGGGGAAUUACUACAUGGUGCGCAGCAGUCUGCGAAUAAAGAUGCUGGACGCCAGCUACAACCUCAUCACCGAGAUCAGCGAUGUCAACGUGCCGGAUAGUGUAGAGAUGCUGUUCUUGAACAACAACAAGAUACGCAGCGUGGCGGCCGGCACGUUCUUAAAAAAGCCAAAUCUGGAGAAGGUGGUGCUCUACGGCAACGAAAUCAGGAAGCUGGAGGCCGCCGCCCUCAGUCUGCAAUCGAUGCCGGAGAACAAGGAACUUCCUGCGUUUUAUAUCGGGGACAAUCCCGUUCUCUGCGACUGCACCAUGGAAUGGUUGCCACGGAUCAACGAGAUGGCCCGGCAAUCCGGUCAGCAUCCGAACGUCAUGGACCUCGACGCUGUCACGUGCGAGAUGGUACAUGUUCGCGCCACGCCGCGGCGUCCUCUGCUGUCCUUGAAGUCGAAGGACUUUCUCUGCCGAUACGACACGCACUGCUUCGCGCUCUGUCACUGCUGCGACUUUGAUGCAUGUGACUGCGAGAUGACCUGUCCCGACAAUUGUUCGUGCUAUCACGAUCACAGCUGGUCCAGCAACGUCGUCGACUGCUCUAACGCUGGAUACAAACGCGUACCGGAGCGAAUACCUAUGGACGCGACAGAAAUCUAUCUGGAUGGUAACGAGCUGGGCGAUCUGAGCAGUCAUGUUUUCAUCGGCAAGCGUCGCUUGGAGGUGCUGUAUCUGAACAAUAGUGGUAUCAUUGCGAUACAUAAUCGUACAUUCAACGGUGUCGGCGCUUUGCGCGUUCUUCAUCUCGAAGACAACGCGUUACGGGAGUUACGGGGUUUCGAAUUCGAUCAGCUGGAGCGCAUGUCGGAGUUGUAUCUAGAUCAUAACGCGAUCGCCACCGUGGGCAACACCACUUUCAAGAAGAUGCGAAAUCUCGAGGUGCUACGAUUGGACAGCAAUCGCAUUGUCGACUUUCGACCGUGGGAAGCCUUGCCGAGCGUCGGUGAUGGCACCAAGGUCGCAUUGGAGGGCAAUGCUUGGAGCUGCGAGUGCGGGAAUGCUGCCAGACUGCGCGCCUGGCUCGCGGAACAUCGUGGCGAUCCGGAGAAGAUGUACUGCCGCGACGGCGUCGAGACUCUCGCCCAAGCAAUGGAACGAUGCGGCGAUCCAUCCACGGAAGCCGUAAGUCGCGGAAUCCAGGAAAUCCCGCUGUUAGGCAGUAAUUUCGUGCCUCUACUUGCUGGUGCUCUGGUAGCUGUGAUCGCCAUCUGCCUCUUCGUCGCCCUAGCCUUCGUCUUUCGUCAAGAUGUACGACUCUGGGCUCACGCGCGUUACGGUUUGCGACUUGGUAAAAUGACGGCGCCGCCCGAUGAGGAGAGAGACAGACUGUACGACGGUUAUAUUAUCUAUAGCGAGCGCGACGAAGACUUCGUCUCUAGAUUCCUUGCAGCUGAACUGGAGCAGGCUGGUUUGGCUCUCUGUUUACAUUGGCGUGACUUGCCGCCGGCCAGACCGCAGGAGGCAUUACCACCGGCCGCAGCCUCCGCGAGACGCAUUGUGAUAAUCUUUUCGCCAGUGUUCCUCGCGAAUGAGUGGCAGCACGUAGAGUUCCGCGCUGCUCUGAGAACGGCGCUGGAGAACAUCAGGCCGACCUCGCGGAAGCGUCGAGUGGUAGUACUGCUUGCUACUGAGACGCCCACCCGAGAUCCGGAGUUGCAACUGCUGCUGCAGACGUGCACAGUGGUGGUCUGGGGCGAGAAGAGGUUCUGGGAGAAGCUCAGGUUCGCCAUGCCGGACUCAGUCGACAAGCGGCGCGACAGCAAGAAGGUCAACGACCGCAACCGUACGCCGACGCGGUACACCGCGGCGCCGUCCGCCGCCGUGGACGUGUGGACCAAGCCUAAUGGCGUUUUGGUCGCACCGGUGCACCACGCACCCACGCCAACACCUACGCAAUCUACCUACGUCAGUUCGGCAUCCAGUCGUACCGAGGACGAGGACAGCGGCGCGGAGCAUCAGCACCACCAGCAUCAUCCGCAUCAUCCGCAUCAUGGCUAUAGCGCGCUACAUGCCGGUAACGGCCGUCCGGCCAGUCUAUCCUCGAGAGGCAGCCAUCUCUACAGCACCAUACCGGAACCGCCGGUGGUGCCCACCGCGCCACCCGGGGAGGCCCUCGCUCCCGCGCAUCCAGGCAAUCCGCGUACUUACUUUGUCUAGCGCAGAAGGGCGGCGAUCGUGCUCCGAUCCGGCAGGAGAUAGACCGACUUCCCACCUUUUUUCUUCCGGUCUUCGUCUCGCUUCCUGUACCCGCUGGUGCACGGUCGUCCGGCCGUAUCGCGACGUUUCUCGUCGGGAGAGAUCGAGAUGUAAAAAAUUCCUUCGCUUCAGAACGACUGUGGCUACACUUGUACAGUAUUUCCCAGUACUCGCGACGUAUCGAUUGACUGAGGCGCUUUAACUCUUCCACUUAGGGGUCGAUCGCCCCGCAUAAACCAUUCGGCCGCGAGCGGAUGAUCGGUUCGCAACACGCGCGCAUAAUAUUAUAUACGUACGAAAUCGAUUCGAUGCCUUGUGCUUAUUAUCACAAUGUACGACCGAUAGAUUUAACGGCUUGACUUUUCUUUCCCGAACUUAGGAUAUACGCAAGACGCGCGCGAUCGUCACUCUUCGUUUCUUCUCGGUAUCUCUUUUUCACGUUGUUGCGCAACGUUCUUCCAAAUCAUGACCAAAUACUACCGUUUCGAAGCUCAUGGAAUGCAAGUUCCGAGAGAGCCGCUUUCCCUUCGUAUAGAUCUUGUAAAUAGUGACGCGGUAUGAGAAUCUAGAUCUUUUUUUACGCUUUGAUUUAGCGAGCGAGACGUCGCGCGAAAUGUAAUUAAGGAUCGACAUUAAUUUACCUGUGUAUAUACACAUAUCCGCGCUCUCUAAUUUCUCGCGAAUCUCCUUCGCGCGUCUCUACGCCGACUAAUUUAUUCGCCACGCGAUGAUGAAUCAUCGGGACCCGAAACUGGGUCGCGAUCAAAAGCAACUGAGCGAAUUUUACCGAUUGUGUUUCAUUACAAUGGAUAGGUCUCCAAUUUAAAUGUUUUGUCAUCUGAUCCCUUUCACAUACGCGAGUUCUUUGAUUUAGGACCGUCCUGUUUCGAUUUGCAUUAAUUGUCAUAACUGUCAGUAAAUUCGCUAAUAUUUGUGGUUUGGAUAUACACGAUGAACGCGGUGAAUAAUGAUGAUAAUGGCAAUAGCUAAAUGUAGUACACGGACUGAUGUUAUGACGUACAAUGCAAUCAUUUUGUGAAUAUUAAUUAAAUCGUAUCGGUAAUUUUUGUUUCUAACAUCAUUCACAUCAAACAGCAUACGCGGAACAAUUGUAAUAAUAUUUGUAACGGUGUUAGAAAAGAUACAAGAAAGAAUGUAAAGUGUUCUUUAUAAAUAUUUAUUUUAAAUACGCUUGGAUGAAUGCAUUUAUUUUAUAUCGUACACGGUGAUACUUUAUUUUAUUAACGAUAUAAUCGUAUUAUGCGUUUGACAACUUAAUUGUGAAUAUUUAUAUAUAUAUAUUUUUUUCGAUGCUCGAAAAACGUUUCACGAUAUAUAUAGGUAUAUAUAUACGUACGAAUAUUGUAUGAAUAUUACUUUCGUAUUCGUUUAUCCAUUUGAUUUCGGAACGGGCAUCGAAAUGCCGAAGAAACCAUUUUCACGUAGUAGAUUCCGAAUUAUUAUAAAAUACACGCGUGAAAUUUCGUCAAGUACUCGUAAUAAUUUCCAACGAGAUGGCUAAAAUAUAGAUAGUACGAAUAUAUUUUUCUUUUCGUAUUACGACUCGAGAAAUUUUAAGAUAAAGUUCCUCGCGAAUUUGACAUUUCUCUUUGGGACCCGAGGCACAUCCCUCUUUGCCAUUCCUGUCGUUUGUUCGUCAAUCACUCGCGAUGAAGUGGAUAACGAAUCAUCAAGUGUUAAAUGACAAGAAAGAAAAGACAGACGUCUCGCGAGAGCUUGUUCCUAAAGAUUCACGACUGUUUUGGUAAAGUAACGGUCGCAUAACGCUUAUUAGUCCGUAAGGGAACUCUCUGUAAAUAUUGUAUCUAAUUUUGUAAAUAUAAUCAUGCACAUUUCCGAGCACACCGAAGACCAGCGCUGCUGGAACGUUACUGGUCGUGGAUACGUCUUAACUAUAAUUGCGCGUUUAGGACUGUAUAAUUCUAAUUGUAUUGUAUUAUUGUAAAUACGCUCAUCGAAUCACGCAUUAUAUAUUCACAGUCUGUUAAAUACGUAUUAAAUUAAUUGCCACUUUCCAUUUCAGCAAAGAAUCAUGAAAAUAAACACGUUUGUUUUAUAAAAAUCAUCGCGUUUAAUCAAUCCCACAAAAUUCCCGUUCCAAUUGUAACAAUGCAAAAGUAAUCCGAUGCGUUAAUAACGCGAUAACAAUUAAUUUAUGAUAUACAAUCAGUAUUAAUAUAAAGGUAUCUAUUUUCAUAAUCUUCUGCACGUGAUUAAUAUUGCCACAGAUUAACACGCCACAAAAGAGGAAGAUUCUCAUAUAUUGACUCAUAUAUUGAUUAAAGGAUGUAUAUCGUGCAUUUAUGUAAUUAUUAGCUGAUCGAUAUAUUCAAUAAAUGUAUAUUUUUGCACAAUCGAUAGCGUAUCAAUGAUAGUCAAAGCUAUAUAGAUUCGUGCAUGAAUGUUAGACGUAUUAGAUAUAUUAUAUAAUAUGCCGGGGAUUAUAAUGUUAGGCGGGCGGCAACAUAUAAGUUCUCGGAUAUAUCCUACCUUAGCCCGAUGGAUUUGUGUUCUGUGCCGCUUAUACCACGACUAACGACAUCGCCCUUUGGUUUAUUUCCUA